UUGAGCUAUUUCUCUCUCUCUCUCUCUCUUUUGCAGAGUCAUGAUGCUAAUAGAAAGGCCAUCCCAUAUUCUCCCACUCUUGGGUUUGCUGUUGGUGCAGUCAUGCAUGCUUGAGUUAGCCCAAUCUUCUACCAACCUUACCGACCAAUCAGCUCUGAUUGCCUUCAAUUCUAAAAUCACUUCCGGCUCAAACGAAACUGUCUUGGCAGGUAACUGGUCCACAACUACAAACUUCUGCAAUUGGAUUGGCAUCUCAUGUAGCAGGCGUAGGCAAAGAGUCACUGCUUUGAACCUUUCUCACGUGGGUCUCCAAGGCACCAUUUCUCCUUAUAUUGGUAACCUCUCUUUCCUGGUCUCACUUGAUCUUUCUAACAACAGCUUCUCUGGUUCUCUGCCGCAUGAGAUCGGUCGCCUACAUCGCUUGAGAAUACUCUCGUUGCUAUACAACAAUUUGGGAGGUAGUAUCCCUCCAACUUUGCAAAAUUGUCAGAAUCUUCGAGAAAUACAUCUUGCAUGGAACCAUCUUACGACCGCAAUUCCAUCAACCCUCGCCAACAUAUCGUCGUUGGAGAUCUUAAAUUUGCAAGACAACAACAUCACUGGUGUAUUUCCUCUUGUUAUCUUUAACAUAUCCUCUCUAAUCGUAAUUGCUCUUACAGAAAAUCACAUCUCAGGAACUCCUCCAAUGGAUCUCUGCAGCCACUGUCCUAAUCUUCAAAAGCUUUACAUUUCAAAUAACGAAUUCAGUGGAAAGCUUCCUUCACAAAUGAGGUAUUGUAGAGAGCUUUCAGUCUUAGCUCUAGCAAACAAUAAAUUUGAUGGGAGUAUUCCAGAAGGUUUUGGGAGUUUAGAAAAGCUUGAAUUGCUAUAUCUUGGAGCAAACAACUUAACCGGUAAUAUACCUCCUAGUCUUACCAUAAGUAACUUGUCGAGGUUAUCUGAAUUUGACAUCGCGGUAAACAACAUUCAAGGAAGCAUUCCAAGUGAUUUAUGGCGUUUUCCAAAUCUGGAAUUUCUAAAUUUUGAAGCAAACAAAUUUACUGGUCACAUCCCAUCAUAUCUUUCAAAUUGUUCCAAGCUCUCCAUAGUAGAUUUCGGUGGAAACUUACUCUCUGGGCCAAUUCCCACAAGUCUUGGACACUUAAAAUAUCUCGAAAGACUUUAUUUGGGUGCCAAUCAGCUAACAGGGGAGCCUGAAAAUCAAGAGCUUAAUAUCCUUUCAUCUUUAUCUAAUUGCAAAUUUUUAACAAUAUUGGACCUAGCCUUCAAUCCCUUGGAUAUUACUCUUCCGGAUUCUGUUGGAAACUUUUCAACUACCCUUCGUACCAUGUAUCUAUCCACAAGCAAAAUAAAGGGUCAUAUUCCAAUGAGUAUUGGUUCCUUGAAAGGCUUGACCAUGCUUGAUUUGGAAAAAAACAAUUUGACUGGAACCAUACCAUCCACAAUCGGGGGACUGGAGGGCUUACAAAGAUUAUAUCUUAUUAGUAAUAAAAUUGAAGGAUUCAUUCCAGAAGACAUAUGUAUGCUGAAGAACUUAGGUGUGUUAUCUCUCUCAUUUAACAAAAUCUCUGGAUCCAUCCCAAAUUGUAUUUCGAACCUCAUUUUUCUGCAAGAGCUAUACCUGGCUUCUAAUAGGCUGGAAUCACCAAUACCAUUAAAUUUAUGGAGCCUUGAGAAUCUAUUAUUUUUGAAUCUAUCAUUGAAUUUCCUUAGUGGAUAUUUGUCUCCAAACAUAAAAACAUUGCGUGGUAUUGAACUCAUAGAUUUAUCUUGGAACCAAAUUACUGGAAAUAUUCCAAGCAUUAUCGGAACUUUUGAAAGCCUAAGGUAUCUUGAUUUGUCAAGGAACUCAUUUCAAGGAGACAUUCCACAAUCUUUUGGAGACUUGAAAGGAUUAGAUAUGUUAAACCUCUCAUACAAUAAUCUCUCUGGUGUAAUUCCUAAGUCUAUUGAGGCGCUUUCAUAUCUCAAGUAUUUGAAUGUUUCUUUCAACAAGCUAUCUGGAGAGAUUCCAUCUAGUGGGCCUUUUGCAAACUUUACAGCUAAAUCAUUUUCAGGAAACAAAGCACUUUGUGGGAAUCCAAUUUUUGGAGUUCCACCUUGUCCAAACCCAAGCUUCCAAAGAUCAAAGGUGAAACAAAGUUUGCUCAAAUAUUUUGUUCCUGUCAUGGCUUCAAUUACAAUAUGUCUAGCAUUGGUUUAUAUGCUAAGAAGACAUCGAGAAAGUAAAUUGCAGGUUCCAAGUUUAUUUAAUACAUUGCGUGUAUUGAAGCAUAGAUGGAUAUCAUAUCAAGAGCUUUGCCAAGGGACGAACAACUUUUGUGAAAGCAACUUGCUAGGAGCUGGAGGUUUUGGUUCGGUGUACAAAGGAAUACUAUUUGAUGGGACAAUUGUUGCUGUUAAAGUUCUAAAUUUGCAACUGUCAGGUGCUUUCAAAAGUUUCGAUGCUGAAUGCAAGGUCUUACGGACAAUCCGACAUAGGAAUCUUGUAAAGGUUAUAAGUACAUGCUCCAACCUUGAGUUUAAAGCUUUAGUACUGCAAUACAUGUCGAAUGGUAGCCUUGAAAGGUGGUUAUACUCUUAUAACUACUGCCUGAAUCUUCUUCAUAGAGUAAACAUUAUGGUUGAUGUUGCAUCGGCGUUGGACUAUCUCCACCACGGUCUAUCAAAAUCGGUGGUGCACUGUGACUUGAAGCCUACCAAUAUCCUUCUAGAUGAUGACAUGGUUGCACACGUCAGUGACUUUGGCAUUGCAAAAAUUUUGGUGGAAAAUAAGGAUGCUACACAAACCAAAACUCUUGGUACACUUGGUUAUAUCGCACCAGAGUAUGGUUCUGAAGGAAAAGUGUCCAUCAAAAGUGACGUUUAUAGCUAUGGUAUAUUAUUGUUGGAGAUGAUCACAAGGAAGAAACCAACCGACGACAUGUUUGUAGGAGAAUUGACUUUGAGACAAUGGAUAAACACAUCACUUCCCGACAGAAUGAUGGAAGUUGUGGAUGAUGGUUUAUUGAGAAUGGAAAAUGGAAGAGAUGUAACUAUCAUGCAAAGUGUUCUUUCAUCCAUCAUGGAAUUAGGCUUAAGGUGUUCUGAGGACUUACCAGAUGAAAGAGCCAAUAUCAAAGAUGUGCUUGUGAAGCUUCAAAAAAUUAAACUGACACUGUUUGAAAAUAGAAACAGGGGUGUCUGAUAUCUCUGAUCUAGGUUUUAUAUGGUUUGUCUUUUUGAUUUUGUAAAGUACUUAUAAGUGUGUUUUAUGUUUGCAUGACUUUUCAUCAUUAAAUAAAU